AUGGACUUGUUGUGUGCUCCUCCCCUACUAAGACGUCCGGAAUGCCGGAAUGGUCAGAGCUCCGUCAAUUGUUGGCGUCAAAUGGAUCAAGUUACAAUUGUAACUGCUAGUGGAACAGGUGCUAGUAGAUAUGGAAUAAUUGUUGUGUUUGGCGUCAAAUGGAUCAAGUUACAAAUAUGGUUAUAUUUGGUGGAAGCCUCGGCAGCUAAGGGACAUUUAUCGUUGAGAAUUGAUCGUGCGGAUCAUAAUUUGGAUGAGCGUGCAGAACUUGAUGCUGAGGAGGUUUCUGAAAUACAAGGGGAAAUGAAUACGAUUGGCGUGAAAUUUCAAUCUGUUGACCACGCAGUUCAAACUCUGGGAACCAAAAUUAGUGGAUUAGAAGGGAAACAGGAUCUCAGAAAUGAAGGAGUAAAGAGGCUCUGUGAAUAUGCUCAGUCUCACACUCAGCCAGAACGCAGAGCGGCAGAAGACCCUCCCUCACUGGCAGUGAGUCACUGCCUCUCUCUCGCUCACCUGAGCUCGCUCCUCCGCAGUCCACACCAGACACCACCGGUCCACCAGACUCCAGCUUCACGCGAUGCCGUCGUAUGUGUCCAUCGCCGUCGCCAUCGCCGGCCAUCGUCACCAACACGGCAACAGACUACACAGUCAUUGCUCUCUGAAAUCGGAAGGCCAUCACUGAGUCACUGCCUCUCUCCCACUCAUCCGAGCUCACUGCUCCGCACCGCCAUCGCCAUCGUCGUCGCCGUCCAUCGUCACCAGCACACAAGCUGA